GGGCGUGUUCAUGUUCUCGGCACAUUGUGGGCGCGCCCGUCAAGCGGCGUGUUGACGUUAGGUUGCGGGCGGGGUGUCCCGGCUGGGUGACGGCCGCUUCUGCCGGGUGAAGCAGCCGAGUGACUGUUAAAGAACCACCCUGAAAAGCAGGGAGCGGGGCUUCGGCUCGAUUAGGCACAACACCAGCCUAGUCCUUGAAACACUAAUUUGCUGAGCCAAGAAGAAAAGACCCAUCACGUGACAGAACAAAACUGUCGGGUCCUGCAGCCCUGGGACACAGCGAGCCACAAGAAACCAUUCCCAGUGUUUAGUAAGGGGAAGAAGCCAGGCCCCUCAUUGGACGUCAAGGCUCUACAGGCAGUUGUACGACAAAACCCAGCAGAUUGACGACACUGACGUAUACCAAUCUGAAGGAACGAGGCCCAAAAUACCCAGGGUCCAGCCUAUCCAAGCAACACCUAUUAGUUCAACACUAACAUCAAGGGAAGCAGGAGAUCUGGGCACUGUCGUGUUAUACAUUGGAUAUCAGGAGGACAUACAACAUAUUAUUUGGGAUUAAUGAAGGAUUAAGCAAUAUCAGACACUUUGUUGGCCUGUGCUUUAAACAAAAUUUUUGUAACACUAGAGAAACAGAAGAUAUAUUUGCACAUUAUCCAGAAGAGGAUUAACCAUUACUGAACCCUAAUUAGGCCUCGGUGUAAAUCGGAUAAUCAUCAGGUACACAGUGGAUAUCUACCCGCAGAACAUUUUACCCUGGGAAUGCUUCUAUACACCCCGAGAAGGAAGAACUCCAUUUUAAAAUGAAUCUGUGAUUAGGGAAGUCACUCUAGGGAUUAGCCACUUUUUGAAGCUCCUCAAACCUAUUUGGAAUUUGUUAAGUAGGCUUUUUUGGAUACGUGAAGCACCUUUUGACUGUAGAAAAAAAAAAAUCUCGUCGGAGAUAAUCAUGCAACUAUAACAGGGCAUUGAACUGAACCAGUUGGAAACUAUUUGGAAAUAAAGUUUUCAGCUCCAUCUCGCGCUAAAAGUUGAAGUUGAGUCAAGAUGGCGGGAGCAUCUGUGAAGGUGGCAGUCCGUGUGCGGCCCUUUAACUCCCGUGAAAUUGCACAUGAUGCAAAGUGUGUCAUCCAGAUGCAGGGAAAUACCACCUGUAUUUCCAACCCCAAGCAGGCCAAAGAUUCUGCAAAGAACUUCAGUUUUGAUUAUUCUUAUUGGUCACACACUACGGCAGAAGACCCAAACUUUGCCUCCCAGUGCCAGGUGUACAAGGAUAUUGGGGAGGAGAUGCUGCUGCAUGCAUUUGAAGGAUAUAAUGUUUGUAUAUUCGCCUAUGGACAGACCGGAGCUGGGAAAUCCUACACUAUGAUGGGGAAACCUGAAGCUGAUCAACAUGGGAUCAUCCCACAGUUAUGUGAAGAUUUAUUUGCCCGAGUAUCUGCAAACAAGAGCCCAGAGCUGUCCUAUUCUGUGGAGGUCAGUUACAUGGAAAUAUAUUGUGAGAGAGUGCGUGACCUGCUGAACCCCAAGAGUAAAGGAAACCUACGUGUGCGGGAGCACCCUAUCAUGGGACCUUACGUGGAGGAUCUGUCUAAACUAGCCGUCACUUCCUACCAUGACAUAGCGGAUUUGAUGGAUUGUGGGAAUAAAGCCAGGACGGUGGCUGCUACUAACAUGAAUGAGACCAGCAGCCGCUCACAUGCAGUCUUUACCAUUGUCUUCACACAGAAGCGUCACGACGAGUUGACUAACUUGGACACUGAAAAGGUCAGUAAAAUCAGCUUGGUGGAUCUGGCUGGGAGUGAGAGAGCAGAUUCCACAGGGGCCAAAGGAACUAGACUGAAGGAAGGAGCAAACAUAAACAAGUCUCUAACCACACUUGGGAAAGUCAUUUCUGCUUUGGCUGAGAUGCAAAACAAGAAGAAAAAAUCCGAUUUUAUCCCGUAUCGUGAUUCUGCCCUAACCUGGCUGCUCAAAGAAAAUUUAGGAGGAAACUCUCGCACAGCCAUGAUUGCAGCUCUCAGCCCUGCUGAUAUUAACUACGAGGAGACACUGAGCACACUCAGAUACGCAGACCGUGCCAAGCAGAUCAAGUGUAACGCUGUGAUCAACGAAGACCCCAACGCCAGGCUGAUCCGUGAGCUGAAGGAAGAAGUGGCCAGACUGAGGCAGCUGCUUUGCACCCAGGGCCUCGCCGAUAUUGUACCAGAUGACAGUACUCCUGUCUCUCAUCCUCCAAGCCCUGCCACUGCACCCGUUUCUCCCCCACCCUUACCCGGAUCCCCCCCUCCUCUCAGUUCCCCCACUCAGAACGGGCAGUCGGAGCCGUUUCCGGAGGGGGAAGAUGGUGCAGAGAUUUGCACAGAGGAAGCCAUGGAGAGGCUACAGGAAACAGAGAAGAUCAUUGCUGAGCUCAAUGAGACAUGGGAGGAGAAGCUGCGCAAGACGGAAGCCAUCAGAAUGGAGAGGGAAACUCUCUUGGCAGAGAUGGGAGUAGCUGUGAGAGAAGAUGGUGGCACCGUGGGAGUUUUCUCACCAAAAAAGAUCCCUCACUUGGUGAAUCUAAAUGAAGAUCCCCUGAUGUCUGAGUGCCUGUUGUAUCACAUCAAGGAGGGAGUCACACGGGUUGGCCGGGUUGAUGUGGACAUAAAGCUGAGUGGUCAGUUCAUCAUGGAGCAGCACUGUUUGUUUCACUGUGACACAAAUGGCAGUGGGGAAGUAAUUGUCACCCUGGAACCUUGUGAAGGAGCAGAGACUUACGUCAAUGGCAAACUGGUGACACAGGCCAUGGUGCUAAAAUCAGGGACUAGGAUAGUUAUGGGAAAGAACCACGUCUUCCGCUUCAAUCACCCGGAACAGGCUCGUCUGGAGAGGGAGAGAAACAGUGUCGCCGUUGAAAAUCAGACAGAACCGUCAGAACCGUCCGAACCGACAGAACCCGUAGACUGGAACUUUGCUCAGCGGGAACUGUUGGAGAAACAGGGAAUUGACAUCAAACUGGAGAUGGAGAAAAGACUGCAAGAUUUGGAGUAUCAGUACAAAAAGGAGAAGGAGGAGGCAGACCUUUCCCUGGAACAGCAGAGACUGUAUGCAGAUUCAGACAGUGGGGAUGACUCCGACAAGCGAUCGUGUGAGGAAAGUUGGCGCCUAAUUUCUUCUCUACGUGAAAAAGUGCCGCCGGGUCGGGUGCAGAGCAUUGUGCGUCGCUGUGGGUUGCCAAGCAGCGGGAAGAAACGAGAGCCAAUCAGAGUCUAUCAGAUACCACAGAGGCGGCGGCUAGGGAAGGACCCACGUUGGCUUACACUGGCCGACCUGAAAAUGCAGGCGGUAAAAGAGAUCUGCUACGAGGUGGCUCUGAAUGACUUCAAGCACAGCCGGCAGGAGAUCGAGGCAAUGUCCGUGAUUAAGAUGAAGGAGCUGUGCCGAACCUACGGCAAGCGGGAUGUCAAUGAGAAGGAGCUGUGGAAGGCGGUGGCCCGAGAUGUCUGGGAUACUGUGGGUGUCGGAGAGGAAGACCCAGGCACUAAGAGCAGUGGUGGGGUGCAAGACUUAAAGGCUCAUAUUGACAAGCUGACUGACAUUCUGCAAGAGGUGAAACUGCAAAACAACAUGAAGGAUGAGGAGAUACGAAGCUUGAGAGACAGGAUGAUCAAGAUGGAGAGGGUCAUGCCUCUUGCCCAGGAUGAAGGAGAAGAGGAUUAUUUGGAUGAGCAGUCCUUACCUUGGUACUCCAAUGAAAACAACGAGAUCCCUGAGCCCAGCAGGAGUGAGCCUUCCCCUGAUCACUCUCCCAAAGAGCAAGGUGUGGAACAGAUGAUGGAUGAAGACGCAGUGUUUCGCCGUGGGAGAAUGCGUUGGUUAAAACAAGAACAGAGCCGGAUACAGAACUUGCAGCAACAACAGAUGAACCGUGGCCGACGCCUUCCAGGCACAGGAAGAUUCAUCCCACCACUAGAGUGCAAGCUUCGCUUUCCCUUUAAGAGUAACCCUCAGCACCGCUUCUCCUGGGCUCCGGGCACCACUUAUGUAGUAGAGGAUUUGAACUGCGGCUGGUCCAAUGACAGUAGGAGAGGGGAAGAGGAAUCUGACAAGAGGGGAGGUCGGAGGCUGAGGGGUCAGGGGGAAGGAGACUUUCACAAGCAGCGCAGGAACUCUCUAGAUGGAGGCUCAAACAGGGGGAGAAGAUCUCAGCCCAGACAGAGUCGACAAAACGGCGAGGAAUACCAACAAAUGGGAAGAGGAGGCCGAGGAACUGAGCUGGGGGGGAGGCAACAACGUCAACCUGCACCCCCACAAGAUAGACCCUACAAAUAUCACCCCUAUACUGCACCCCCCAGAAUGCGCAGGCAGAACUCUGCCCCAGAGCUGAUAGAGAAUGGGACAGUCGUGUGAAGAGGAAGGAGAAGGAAUGUUAGAGAAAGAGAAUGGGACAGUCGAGUGAAGAAGAGGAAGGAGAAGGAACGUUGGAGAAAGUCGAGGGGAAUGUGAGAGAGAUAGACAUGGAGGUACAGAGGAAGAACCUGUAAGUUUAGUGAAGAUGGGAAGGAACCUGAUCUGCACAGGAAACCGUUUUUUUCUUUUCUUUUCGAUCCCACUAAUAUUUAGGAGUUUUCACCCAUUAUUUUGAGUGGUUUUACUUUGUUUUUCAUUUAGUCUGGUUUGAGAGGAGGAAUGUGCUUGUUCCUCUCCAGUCAUAACUAGCUACUAUUGGAGAUAGGUGUCCCCCUAAGGCACCGUUACAAUCUGCGGGGAAAGGGGUGGCCCGAUAUUCUCUCCAGCUGAAUGCCAGCUGCUCUGCCUCCCUGCCAGCUGCUCUGCCUAACUGCCAGCUGCAAAGGGCGGCCCAUUGUUCUGUUCCUAUAGACGUUAUGUGACCCUAGUGUUACCCCAAAGUGCCUCACUGUAACGUAACAGCACUGUCACAGGGAAAUAUAUAUAUAUGUAUAAGUGAGGGUUUAUUUAUGUAUGUAUGUACAUAUAUAAAUACCUGAUGUGUAUAUACACAAUGAUAUGUAUACUGCUAUACAUAGACACACACAUUUAUAUAUAUAUAUAUAUCUGUAUGUGUAUAAAUGUGUGUAUGUGUAUAUAUACAGCCAAGAACACUAUGGAGCCCUAAUGCUUGUCCUGUUUUACACUAAUAUUUUUGCACUGUCUCACAUUGAAGAAACAAUCUGUUUUUAGAGUGGGGGCUGGAAACCCAGAAGGAAAGAGGUUGAUCUCCCCCCCCCCCCCCCCGACGAACACUGUAUUGUUAGGUUUAUUGUUAGUUUAUCUACCUCCCCAUAAUCUUACCCCUGUCUACACUAGCUGGAAAUAUGGCCGACUGCAGCUGUCCUGUUCCAGCCGACACUUGAGUGUGAGUGCCACUUGUUUCUGACACUAGCGACUGCCCGUCUCACUACCACAUUUAACCGCUUCCUCCCAGUGAGACUUAUUUAAACGCCAUUUAUCAUUUAGCUGUUUUAUUAUUUUUUUGGGGUUGGAAAUGUUUGUUGAAUCAUGAUGAACUUUUAGCAAUGGGAUUGUGCUCCUUAGACUCAAUUCAGAGAAGUCGAAAACCACUGCCUGGUGAGAGGGUUGAUAGGACUGUGUGGUGCCGAUCUGUUGAUGAAAUGCAAUAAAGUGGCACUGGCUGUA